AUGGUAUGCGGUAUGCGAGUUCUAGAUGAAUGUUGUUGUAUUUGCAUCCUCAUAUGCUGUAUGUGCAUCCCAAGGGUUAGUUGCGACCUUAUGCGUUGUGAGACUACCAGGAAAAACCCAAACCACCGUAGAUCCGCUGCCGCUAGCUUGAUUCAGGGAGUGUACAGUCAAGAACACGACCGCCAGCUGAAUCGCCAAGGCCAUCAAGCAAUUGCUCCUCACUGGUGGGACUUCUUCAAUUUUCGGUUAUUCGACGUGUUGGUUGACAACGCUGAUCGCUCGAUCUUUGGUGCCAUUUACGAGUUCAAAUCCCUACCUCCCUACGGUCACCACUAUCCACUCCACAGCCCUACAAGAUACGUGGUUGCCUUCCGUGGUAAGAUGACCGGAUGGGAGACCAUGUCACAGGCCCUCACGUUGGAUCUCAAGGUCAUUCGGAAUACGCUUGAACAGAGCCCCCUCUUUCAGCAUGCAAUGCAAGCUGUGCAACACACGGUUUCCAUAGCCGGAGCCGCAAACAUGUGCUUAGCCGGACAUUCAUUAGGUUCGGCCAUGGCGCUGCUAGCUGGAAAGAACAUGGCUACAAUGUGUUACGUUACAAUUGCUCUAAAAGCUCUAAAUCAAAGGCCUCAAACAGGUGACUGGUUUGCUACGUUGUCGGGGUGGAUUCCGUACCUUUUUGUGAAUCCGUCCGAUCCUAUUUCCGCAGAGUAUGUUGGGUAUUUUGAACACAGGGAUAGGAUGGCGGCGAUUGAAGCCAGAGCUAUUGAAAGGCUUUCUACAAGGAAUUCAAUAUCAGGUGCAAUUGAACCACUGCAUCUCCUUCCUUCAGCGUGUCUGACUAUUAAUGGGAGCCCCGUUCAAGGUCUUAGGCAGGCGCAUGGGCUAGACCAAUGGUGGAAGCCGAAUAUUCAAUGCCGGUCCAAGCUUCAGCUGAUAAGUAAUUGA